AUGGGGCUCUGGGCGCUGUUGCCUGGCUGGGUUUCUGCUACGCUGCUGCUGGCGCUGGCCGCUCUGCCCGCAGCCCUGGCUGCCAACAGCAGUGGCCGAUGGUGGGGUAUUGUGAACGUAGCCUCCUCCACGAACCUGCUUACGGACUCCAAGAGUCUGCAACUGGUACUCGAGCCCAGUCUGCAGCUGUUGAGCCGCAAACAGCGGCGUCUGAUACGCCAAAAUCCGGGGAUCCUGCACAGCGUGAGUGGGGGGCUGCAGAGUGCCGUGCGCGAGUGCAAGUGGCAGUUCCGGAAUCGCCGCUGGAACUGUCCCACUGCUCCAGGGCCCCACCUCUUCGGCAAGAUCGUCAACCGAGGCUGUCGAGAAACGGCGUUUAUCUUCGCUAUCACCUCCGCCGGGGUCACCCAUUCGGUGGCGCGCUCCUGCUCAGAAGGUUCCAUCGAAUCCUGCACGUGUGACUACCGGCGGCGCGGCCCCGGGGGCCCCGACUGGCACUGGGGGGGCUGCAGCGACAACAUUGACUUCGGCCGCCUCUUCGGCCGGGAGUUCGUGGACUCCGGGGAGAAGGGGCGGGACCUGCGCUUCCUCAUGAACCUUCACAACAACGAGGCAGGCCGUACGACCGUAUUCUCCGAGAUGCGCCAGGAGUGCAAGUGCCACGGGAUGUCCGGCUCAUGCACGGUGCGCACGUGCUGGAUGCGGCUGCCCACGCUGCGCGCCGUGGGCGAUGUGCUGCGCGACCGCUUCGACGGCGCCUCGCGCGUCCUCUACGGCAACCGCGGCAGCAACCGCGCUUCGCGGGCGGAGCUGCUGCGCCUGGAGCCGGAAGACCCGGCCCACAAACCGCCCUCCCCCCACGACCUCGUCUACUUCGAGAAAUCGCCCAACUUCUGCACGUACAGCGGACGCCUGGGCACAGCAGGCACGGCAGGGCGCGCCUGUAACAGCUCGUCGCCCGCGCUGGACGGCUGCGAGCUGCUCUGCUGCGGCAGGGGCCACCGCACGCGCACGCAGCGCGUCACCGAGCGCUGCAACUGCACCUUCCACUGGUGCUGCCACGUCAGUUGCCGCAACUGCACGCACACGCGCGUACUGCACGAGUGUCUGUGAGGCGCUGCGCGGACUCGCCCCCAGGAACGCUCUCCUCGAGCCCUCCCCCAAACAGACUCGCUAGCACUCAAGACCCGGUUAUUCGCCCACCCGAGUACCUCCAGUCACACUCCCCGCGGUUAAUACGCAUCCCAUCUCUCCCACUUCCUCCUACCUGGGGACUCCUCAAACCACUUGCCUGGGGCGGCAUGAACCCUCUUGCCAUCCUGAUGGACCUGCCCCGGACCUACCUCCCUCCCUCUCCGCGGGAGACCCCUUGUUGCACUGCCCCCUGCUUGGCCAGGAGGUGAGAGAAGGAUGGGUCCCCUCCGCCAUGGGGUCGGCUCCUGACGGUGUCAUUCUGCCUGCUCCAUGGCUCCAGCGACCUCUCUGCCUCUCUUCUUCCCCUUUGUCCUGCGUUUUCUCUGGGUCCUCCUAAGUCCCUUCCUAUUCUCCUGCCAUGGGUGCAGACCCUGAACCCACACCUGGGCAUCAGGGCCUUUCUCCUCCCCACCUGUAGCUGAAGCAGGAGGUUAUAGGGCAAAAGGGCAGCUGUGAUGAUGUGGAAAUGAGGUUGGGGGAACCAGCAGAAAUGCCCCCAUCCUCCCAGUCUCUGUCGUGGAGCCAUUGAACAGCUGUGAGCCAUGCCUCCCUGGGCCACCUCCUACCCCUUCCUGUCCUGCCUCCUCAUCAGUGUGUAAAUA